AUGGCAGUCAUUGCAGGAAUCCCCUCUGAGUUCUUGGAGCAAGCUGGGGCACUGCUGGAUCUCUACAGAAUUCCACAGGGUUCUAUUCAGCAGAGUAAGGGUGGCUACAGGAGUCCUAUUCAUGCAGCUGCUAAGGGAACUGCCUGUGGGGAAAUUUAUGAAUGCCCACCCAAUGCCUCCUUAGAGUCAGUGACUAAGGAUAAAAUAGACUUGACCACAAUGACAUCCACCAAUGAUCUCUAUAAUGCUGUCCACCUGGUGGCCCAUGCCCUCCAUGACAUGAUUUUAAUGGGCGAGGAAACUAGGCACCAGAUGGAAGCAGAAUACCGUGUGCUUCUCCCUUGGCAGCUCCAUGCAUUCAUAAAAAAUGUUCAGCUGGAAAACAGUGCUGGAGAACAUGUCUCCCUGAAUGAAAACAGAAACUGUGUGUCACAAUAUGAGAUUCGGAAUUUUCUGAAUUUUCCUGGUGGUCUUCACCUUCCCAUGAAAGUCGGAGAGUUCAUCCCCCAGGGUCCAAGUGGGCAAGGUUUGAUGAUCCAGGAGGAGCUGAUAGAAUGGGCGUUUAGAUUCACAGAGACUCCUCACUCCGUGUGUAGCAAUAGCUGUGACCCAGGAUUCAUGAAAAUCACUCAGAAAGGAAAGCCUAUUUGCUGUUUUGAUUGUUUUUCAUGUCCAGAGGGAGAAAUGUCUAAUCAAACAGAUAGUGAUACAUGUACGAAGUGCCCUCAAAGUCAGUAUCCCAACAUCGAGAGGAACUGCUGUCUGCUCAAAAUUGUGAGCUUCCUUGCUUAUGAAGAUCCCUUGGGGAUGGUUCUGGCCUGUACAGCUCUGGGCUUCUCUGUCAUCACUGCAGGGGUCUUGUGGGUCUUUGUGAAGCAUCGAGACUCUCCCAUAGUCAAGGCCAACAACCGGGCCCUCAGCUAUGUCCUGCUCCUCUCCCUCCUCCUCUGCUUCCUCUGCUCCUUACUCUUCAUUGGCCGUCCCAACACAGCCAGCUGCAUUCUCCGCCAAAUCACCUUCGGACUUGUGUUCACUGUGGCCGUUUCUGCUGUUUUGGCCAAAACCCUGACUGUGAUCCUGGCAUUCAAGGCCUUGACACCUGGAAGAACCAUGAGGCGGUUGCUGCUGUCUGGGGCUUCUAAUGCUGUGGUUCCCAUCUGCUUCUUGAUCCAACUGAUUAUCUGUGGGAUCUGGCUGGGAACCUCUCCCCCUUUUGUGGACAUAGACACACACUCAGAGAAAUUCAUCAUUGUAUGUGAAAAGGGUUCAGUCCCUACUUUCUACAGUGUUUUGGGAUACCUGGGCUCCUUGGCCAUGUGGAUAUUUUCCUUGGCUUACCUGGCCCAGAACCUGCUUGAGGCCUUCAAUGAGGCCAAGUUCCUGGUAGUCAGCAUGCUGGUUUCCUCAAGUGUCUGGGCCACCUUCCUUCUAGGGGAGGUCAUGGUUGUGGAUAUCUUCUCCAUCUUGGCCCCCAGCGUGGGGCAUCUAGGCUGAAUCUUUGCACAAAAGUGCUAUAUUAUCUUCCUAAGGCCAGCUAGAAACACAUCAAAUGGGUUAAGAAAAGGCUCCACUGGAGAACAUGUCUCCCUGAAUGAGAACAGAAGUGGUGUGUCAGGAUUUGAGAUUCUGAACUAUCUGAAAUAUCGUGUUUUACUUGACCUUCACAUGGAAGUUGGAGAGUUCAUCACCCAGGGUCUUUGUGGUCAAGGUUGGAUGAUCCAGGAGGACAUGAUAGAAUGGGCUUUCAGUUUCAAGGAGUAG